CUGAAGUGGGUAGUGGCGUAAAUGAAUAACCUUAGAAACAUUUCGUACUCUUGCUCAUAAGGGGUAAUAAGGGGAGAGACUGCAAUCAGGUUAGUACAAAAUAAAAUGAGUAAAACAGAGUAGGGUUCAACCUGAAAAAAUUUUGUUGUGUUUAUUUUUUCAGGUUGAACCCUACUCUGUUUUACUCAUUUUUAUCUUGCUCAUUUGCUCUUAUUUCAGAUCUUAGGAGAAGCACGGGAUAAAACACGAACUCAAGAUGAUUAUUGAAUGUUGUGUCAGUGCGAUUCUCCUUCACGUGGCACUGUUUAUGUUCUGCCUGCCGGGGACGUACUCACACAUUUGCCGUCACGCUUCGUUUUGUGAGACGUAUUUUCAAAGAUUCACCGACCUCCAACUGCCCGGAUGUGGAGCAACGGCGACCUCCUCGGGUCAAACAUCUCAUGGCUGCGCAAGGUCGUGUUUCACAAAUCAGGGCUGUACGGCGUUUGACUUCGGGGACAAUGUCUGUAAGACGUGUCCAGGCGACCUGGCCACUGGUCUGACGUUCGUGCCAGGACAGAGUAUUUUCUUACAGAGAACGAUGAUGGUCAGUCAUUUAUAUUACGAUCCCGGUACAUUGCUGGUGAAUAAAGUCAUCCCGAUACCUGGAGGAAUUUCAAGCGGGCGUGUGGUAAGCGAGAUUUAUGACUAUCAGAGAAACAAUAAGUAGCUAUAUAUAUAUAUAUAUCUAUAUUAUUUUCUAAACUUCUUCCAAGUCCCAGAAAUACAAAGAAAAAAUAUUUUCAAAAAUUGGUUUUAAAUAAUAUAUAUUUUGCAUAUUUUAAAAAAAAAACUUUAUUUGGAAUGUAUUAUCGGGAAAUGGAGAUUAUAAAAAUGUAUCUAGUUUUUAAAGAUUACACUUGUAUGCCUUUAAAAUGAUCGCUUUUUAGAUAUUGGAUAGUGGAUAUAUUUUUUUUAAUAUACACAUAAAUAAGCGCGCAUUCUUUGUUUUUACAACUAAAAAUAUUUAUUCACUAAAUGUUAACAAGACACAUAUCUAGCUAUAAAUACUAUAUAAAACAUUUAUAUAAAAAUGCAGGAUAUGAAUUUACAGAACUUGUGUAUAACAAAGUGGCUUACCUUAAACUAAAUCUCACCCAACGGCAAAAUUGCGCCACACAGAAAUCUCUAAUUGUUAGUAUUUAGGUAGUCCAUUUCUUUAGCAGAAUAACCAGCAAUGAGUUUUGGUCUGGGAGCAUUUAAAUGAAUAAUAACAUCUAGAAAUACAAGUGUGAAGUUAGCACCACCACAAAUUUUUAUUUUUUUAAAGAUAAACAUAUUUUAGACAUAAAUAUUUACUUUACUGUAGAAAUGUCUUUUUUUUUUAAAAAUGUAUUUCUUAUUCUCUUGUGUUUUGAGUUUAAGAUUUUUUAGUUAACUUUAAAAACUAGUUUCUUUACGAAAUAAUCUGUUUGUUUAUGUUUCAGGGCUAUCUCCACGCCACGGUACUAGCCAACAACAGUUUCAAUAUAGACUUUGCCCAAGACUUUGCCGUUAAAUAUAUUAAUUUCCAUUUCAAAGCACGAUGGGAAUCGGACGAUAACAGAAAAAUAGUUUUAAACUUUUGCAGCAAUAGAACCUGGGGUGUCCCAGCUGUCUCUUCUCCAUUUCCGUUUCCGUUCACAGUCGACAUGCCCUUCACCUUGCAUGUCCUGGUCACGCCCAAAAGUUUCGACGUGUACAUCAACGCGAACUUCUGCUGCUACUACAACCACACCCUGGCUGUCGGUGACGUCAGAUACAUAAGGGUUCUCGGGAAUUUAAAUGUUCAUGAGAUGUCAGUCUAAAAAACAACCAAAUAUUCUUUUAACUUUUUAAAACAAAAUUCUUUUUAAUUUUAACUUUUACUUUAACAAUGCUAUGUCCCCUCUCUCUCUCUCUCUCUCUAUCUUUCACUCUCUCUCUCUCUCUCAUUCCCUCCAUCUCUAUAUUUACAUCUAGUCAAAUCAAUGGCAAAAGUCUAUAAGUGGCAUUAGCUUAUCAUACCUUGACAGCUUACUGUCAAAAGUGUAACCAUUGAUACCUAUGGUUAUUUUUCCUACAUUACAUAGAUUUGAAGUAUUAUUAUACCUCAAGCAAAAAUAAAAUUAUACUAGGCUGAUGCCUUUCCUACAAUACUCUAUGCAAGUUAAACGUGGACUGGCUAUCUAUGUCACGCCAACGAGUGAGGAACCACUUUCAAAAGGCUAGACACCGAAGAAUCCUGGACACCAAGCAAAGGUCUCCAGACACCCAGGUAUUCGCACAAGCAGGUCUCCGAAGCAGAUAGGCCCUUUUCACGCAGUCCGAGCUUCGCUGGCCGUGAGAACUUCAGAUGACAAGCUUAACCAUGAGAAUACUUUAUCGCGAGCCAGAGCGCCGCUGGCGGUUUCCCUGUGGACAGAAUGAAGGUUUCAAAGACACCCUGAGAGUUGUAGUAAAAGCGUCCUGUACAGAUCCCGACACGUUGGUAGAAUCGUGGCGCUCCUCUAUACAGCAUACAGCCGCCAGAACAGCUGCUGCAGAGACACAUCAAGAAAGUCGUAAGAACAUGGUUUAACUCUGCGCCCGGAGAUUUCCCAUCCAUUCUUGCUUCUACUACACACUAAUUUUUCGUUCUGGAAUAAUCUUAUCAGCCAUCUGUGAGGUCAUAGACAGAAGAAUCAGCUCCGGCAUUAAUCAGACAAUUAAAAUGGACCUGCUCGAUUUGCGGACGAACUAACAGCUUUAUUUGUAUUUCUCUCCAUUUAUCUCCCUUAAUCUAUCUCUCUCUCUGCCUUUCUCUCUCUAACACACACACACACACAGACACAUGCACAAACACUAUUAAACAUCGUUAUGAAAUACAUGUCUCUCACUGUCGCUUGUGCCAUGUAUUAUAUAAGUGGCGUAAGAAGAAAUGAAUUCCUUGCGUCAACUGAAGCUUCUCAUCCUGAUGCCCAACUAAAGCCUAAACAAACAACUCGUUUGUUUUGUGCGCGGGAAAAUAGGAUCUCAAAGAGAUGCAAGACAACCCGCCGGGUCUCACUCAGUAACGUGGUGGUCUCUUUAAAAAACCAUAUCAUCAACAAGGAGUGUCUACCCCCCAUCCCACACCCCAUGAGUGGAAGGGACCUAUCUGCCCCCACCCCCUAUCCCGUUCUGCAUGGUAGUCAAUUCGAGAGCUCCCAAAUUAUUAGAACAUUGUUCAAUAUUCAAUAGAGACACUUUUACAAAAAAAUCAUUACUAUUUUUCUCAUUUUGGCUAGUAGCUCAAUAUGUAUGUAGAUUUUUCGAC